GUGUGGCCGACAUAUCGGCAAGUUCACGCAAGUGUACUAAUAAUAGGGAUAGGCCUAGUGUCAUAUUGUCGAAAAGUAACGAAUAGGUCAGCACCACUCCGUGUAUCAUUAGAAAUUUAUUUUUAUUUAGUUUAAUACCUCAAAUGCUAUGAUAAUUGAAAAUGACAGCUGCUGAUUGUGGGACCACAAGUAAUGGUAUAUUCCUUAAGAAACGUCUUUCAAAUAAUAACCAUCAAACUUCAAUUGAUUUACCCGAUUUAUUUACAAAGCAUGCUGUUGACUUACUUUUAACCAUCAGUACUCUACGCACUCAUGAAGACCUUUGCGAUGUCACGCUUAUUGUUUGUGGCAAAAACAUCCAUGCUCAUAGAUUAAUACUGGCAGCUUCUUCGCCAUACUUCAAUGCAAUGUUCACCAGUAGGUUAAGAGAAUGCAGGGAGAAGGUGAUAGAGUUAAAAGAUUUGGAUUCGGAUGCUGUCGAUGCUAUAGUUAAUUUCAUGUACACAACUAAAAUUGAGCUAAAUGAGUCUAAUGUACAGAAUAUACUAAUAGGUGCCAGCCUCUUUCAGAUGGAGAACCUUCUGGAAAUUGGCUGCGCCUUCAUGAUGGAUCGACUUCAUCCGUCCAACUGCCUUGGCAUCAAAAGCUUCGCUCAGCGGCAUGGUUGUAGCAAUUUAGAAGCUGCUGCGAAGAAGUACACAAAGCAGCACUUCACAAAAGUUGCUGAAAAUGAGGAGUUUCUGCAUCUGAGUGUCAGUGAACUGAUAGAGAUCAUUGAGGCAGAUGACAUCAAUGUCCAGAAGGAAUCCGAGGUCUAUCAACCAGUAGUGGCAUGGUUCCAAAUGGACACCUCUCGUGUACAGUACGCUGCUAAGGUCUUUGAACACAUCCGCUUUCCAUUAAUGUCUUGGAAGUUUCUGAUGAAUAAUGUUGUCAAAGAUAACAUUGUCACCGUUGUUCCUGAUUGCCAGAACUUUUACGAUGAAGCUCGACGUUACCAUGGUAGUCAGUUUUACCCUGGUCUACAUUGGGAAGUGAGCAUAAGAACAGUCCCAAGGACAUCUUACAACAAUUCACGGAACAUCUAUGUUAUUGGUGGUGAACUUAACCGAGAUAGAAGCACAACUAACAAUAUGGAACUGUACACCCCUUCCCUUGAUUGUUGGUGUACUUUGACGCCGAUGAAAAUAUCUCGGCGGGGUUUCGGUGCCGUCACCGUAGAUGACAUCAUAUACUGUGUAGGUGGAUCCAAUUCCUCAGUCCUCAAUGUGAAUGAGUGCUUUGAUCCACAGACUAAAACCUGGCGGACAGUGGCACCGAUGCAAGCAUGUCGUAGCAGCGUCGCUGUGACAGCAUUAAUGGGUCGUGUGUAUGCCUGUGGCGGUUAUGAUGGAUACUCAAGUUUAAGUACAGCUGAGAAAUAUGAUCCAACAUCCAAUGAGUGGACCAAUAUAGCAGAAAUGAAUGGACCUCGAAGUAUGGCUUGUGCCGUUGGAUUUGCUGGUUCAAUUUAUGUGAUUGGUGGUUAUGAUGGUGUCACAGAUUUAAACACUGUUGAGCGAUACACCCCAAUGCAAAAUACAUGGACAGCAUUAGCACCAAUGUCACGUAGUCGCUCAAUGCUUGCUGCUGUUGUCUACAACCAUAAGAUUUAUGUAGCUGGUGGCUGUGAUCAUAGUCAGUGUCUCGACAGCGUGGAAGUUUAUAAUCCUAGCACAAACCUCUGGCAUGCUAUGACUCCAUUGGCAACUCCUCGAAGCGGGCUAGGACUCGCAGUGGUGAGGCAGCAUAUAUACGCCAUUGGGGGCUAUGACGGAUCAAACAACCUGAACAGUGUAGAGAAGUAUGAUGAAGAGAAAAACGAAUGGACCAAAGUGAAAAGCAUGGAGAUAGCACGCAGACGAUUUGCAUGUUGUUCUUGAGAAAUAUUGCAUAACUUUUAGUAUUAUGAUUUUUUAUCGUCUAUGUAAUCAGAAUUAAAAUUAUGGUACUGAGAUAUAGCCCACAGUCAACCAUUACUGUAUAGUGUCUCCACACUAUCAAGUGUUCAGUGACAAAUAUCCGAUUUGCAUAUACCGUAAAACUUUGAAAGAAGACAUAUCUGAUUAUAUUAGAUAUGUCAGUAUCAAUGUUAUUUUAUUGUACUAGCAGAAUGUUUAAAAUUUAAAAAUAUUGAACAGAAUUUUGAAGUCGAUAGUUGAAAAAUGUUGUCUGGUAGCAAUGCCAAAAUUUACAGCAGCAUUCAUUUUGAAAAGAAGCCCCCUCUUUAGUUUUCAAAAAGUAAUCGCAAAAAUAGAAGCCCAUCUUGAAAAGAAGCCUAUCCAAGUGUGCUAAAAAGCCCAGGGCUUCUAUUUAAGGUUUUACAGUAACAUUAUGUAUUUGUACAUCAAGCUUGAUGCUGUUCACAGAGCUUUUUGUCAUUUAGUGUUUGUCACAAUUAGGAACAUGGAGCUGAGAUAAUGGCUUUGUGACCUUUGAUGAAUGUGUAAUUCGUCGCUCACAUCACGAACUAACACAAUCAAAGUAGAUUGUGUUAGUUCGUGAAAUCACAGUAGCGCGUCAAAACGAGCGCGUAUUGGUUGUCAACCAAUUUUGUAUUCUUUACCACACAAAAAGUCCUUAACGACAAUAGCGCGUAUUUUGACGCGCUUUUUUAAUUUCACGAACUAACACAAUUGAAUUUAAUUGUGUUAGUUCGUGAUGUGAGCGACGAAUUGUUGAUCAUAAGUAUUGAUCAAAAAUAUCUUGCCCCUAAACUAAAGAGUAUAUUAUUUUAUAUAUUGUGCAUCCAGAAUAUAGAACAGUGUGCACCAAGUGUAAUUAAGUUAGCAUAGGUCUAUUAUUUUUACCACAAUACAUACAGUAGUCUAACCCUGUUUUUUUCACAAGGUAUAUAUGCCUAUCCCUCUCUUCACAAGACAAAGGAUUAAUUUUCUUCCCAUUAACUUAACCCUAUCCUCUCACUGCGGGAUAUUUUUUAUAUAUAAGGUGCUUUAAUAUUACAAAAGUUUAAGGCUGUACUGAAACCUAAGCAUGCUUGUAUUACAUCAUUUUUAGAUACAUGCACAUUGGUGCAACAGAACCUAUUCACGAAUUAUGCUUUAUUUACAGUAGGUACUUUAAUCAUAACUUUGGAUCUCGAUUAUAAGAGUCUUACCAUAAAUUUGGCUAUUGUAAAUCUUCAGCAUUAUAAUAUCCUCAUUUUUUUACGAUUUACAUUUAUACAAGAGAUGAAACAUACAGUAUAUUAAACUCAGAUUAAUGCCUUGAUUUUGUAAUAGCAUUGAAUCUAACCAUAUUAACCGUCAAAUAUCAUUACUCUCAUGAAAAAUGUGAUAAUCAACUUCUACCUAAUCAAAUUACCAUAUAUUCCAAGAAUUGCAUUUUAGUGUCAAGGAAGGUU